UUCCCAAGCCAAUCUCUAUCGAUGUGUGUCCUUUGCGUCUUUUAGCAGGAGCAUCUACAAUAAUGCCCUUUGACAAUUUGUAAGUUGUUUAAUCUUGUUGUUUGAUAAUAUCUAAGACAACACCGCCUCUCUGUAGAUUAAUUUCCAUCAUACCUAUUAAAGAAAUGGCUGCAUCAGCCAUGGUAAUGGAGCCCAAGUCGGUUGCAGAAGGACCAUCGAGCCCUCGGCGGUGUGUGCAGGGUUCGAGCCCUUCAGAGAGCAUGGAGGAGGAGGACGUGUACAGCAAGAUGAAAUCUUUGGAGAGACAACUGGAGUUCAUCGACAUACAGGAGGAGUACGUGAAGGAAGAACAGAAGAAUCUGAAGAGGGAGCUCCUUAGGGCACAAGAGGAGGUCAAGCGGAUACAGUCUGUGCCGCUGGUGAUUGGGCAGUUUAUGGAAAUGGUAGACCAGAAUAACGGCAUAGUGGGUUCCACCACGGGCUCCAACUAUUAUGUGCGAAUCCUGAGCACCAUUAAUAGGGAGGUUCUUAAGGCCUCUGCCUCUGUUGCUCUGCACCGUCAUUCUAAUGCCCUUGUUGACGUCCUGCCGCCGGAGGCCGAUUCCUCCAUUUCGCUUCUUUCGCAGUCCGAGAAGCCCGAUGUGACCUAUUCUGAUAUCGGCGGAUAUGAUAUACAGAAGCAGGAGAUUCGUGAGGCGGUGGAAUUGCCGCUAACACACCAUGAUCUUUAUAAGCAGAUCGGAAUUGAUCCUCCCCGCGGCGUGCUGCUCUACGGACCGCCCGGCACUGGGAAGACCAUGUUGGCCAAGGCCGUUGCUCACCACACUACUGCUGCCUUCAUUCGCGUUGUUGGCUCGGAGUUUGUGCAGAAGUACCUUGGAGAGGGACCAAGGAUGGUUCGUGAUGUCUUCCGUCUAGCAAAAGAAAAUGCACCUGCUAUAAUUUUCAUUGAUGAGGUAGAUGCAAUUGCAACAGCAAGGUUUGAUGCACAAACUGGGGCUGAUAGGGAAGUUCAGAGAAUUUUGAUGGAGCUCUUGAAUCAGAUGGACGGAUUUGACCAAACGGUGAAUGUGAAAGUGAUUAUGGCAACAAAUCGAGCAGAUACAUUAGAUCCUGCACUUAUCCGUCCAGGCAGGCUUGAUAGGAAAAUUGAAUUCCCUCUGCCUGAUAGGAGGCAGAAACGCCUUGUUUUCCAGGUUUGCACAGCAAAAAUGAAUCUUAGUGAUGAAGUUGACCUUGAAGACUAUGUAUCUCGACCUGACAAAAUUAGUGCUGCAGAGAUAGCUGCCAUAUGCCAAGAAGCUGGUAUGCAUGCAGUUCGGAAAAAUCGUUAUGUGAUUCUUCCUAAGGAUUUUGAGAAGGGCUAUAGAACUAAUGUGAAGAAACCUGACACAGAUUUCGAAUUUUACAAGUAGGAAAAGGUUUUGCUGUUCAGAAAUUUUUGACAGGAAGCAGCCAAAGCUAUUUGCAAUUUAGUCCGUUUUGUUGAAGACUUAGUAGAUUAUUCAUAGCGCAAAAUCAAUGUAUUUCCAGAACAUACAGACAGACAAUAUUUAGCCGGAAAACAAUCAUCAUUUCAGUAUGCUUAAUUAAGAUUUUAUGUUAAUAGCUUGUGUAAUUAUGGAAACAUGAAAUAUUUCUUUGUAAGAUUUUCAAAUCAUGUGAAAUGCAUAAAUGUCAUCUCGAUC